AUGUCUAAGAAUGGCAAAAUCAGAAAGGCCGGCCACGCUGGGAGCUGGUACACCGAUUCAGGUACGGAGUUGAAUUCACAGUUGGAAGGUUGGUUAUCUAAAGCCACAGAGUCAUUGAAACCAGCAAGGGCAAUUAUUGCACCGCAUGCAGGAUAUUACUUCUGUGGAGCUUGCGCAGCAUAUGCAUACCGUCAAGUUGAACCUAGUUUAGUAAAGCGAGUAUUUAUUUUGGGACCUUCUCACCAUGUACGGAUGUCAAAUUGUGCACUUUCUGGCACAGAGACCUACGAGACCCCGUUAUACAAUCUUACAAUUGAUGUGGGAGUUUAUGAAGAACUGUAUGCCUCUGGGGCAUUUGAUACCAUGUCACUCAACACAGACGAAGCAGAACAUAGUAUAGAGAUGCACCUUCCUUAUGUUGCAAAAGUUAUGGAAAGUCGAAAAGGUCAAUUUACCAUUGUGCCAAUCCUAGUUGGGUCUUUAUCUCCAGACAAAGAAGCUAAAUAUGGACAGAUACUUAGUCCAUAUCUUCAUGAUCCAGGAAAUCUGUUUGUCAUCUCUUCAGAUUUUUGUCAUUGGGGCAAGAGAUUUGCUUAUACUUACUACGAAAAAUCCCAUGGAAAAAUCUGGCAGUCUAUUGAGGUUCUGGAUAAGAUGGGCAUGGAUAUUAUAGAAAAAAUGGAUCCACCAGCUUUCACCAAGUACCUUCAGACAUACCAGAACACGAUAUGUGGUCGACAUCCUAUUGGUGUCUUGCUUAAUGCAAUUGAUCACCUAAAGCGCACAAGCAAUGGCAUCAAGAUGGAGUUGAGGUUCUUGAAAUAUGCGCAGUCAAGUCAGUGUGAAACAUCCCAUGAUUCUUCAGUUAGUUACGCUGCGGCUGCCUUAGUCAUGAAGUGA